ACUGAUAUGUAACAUGAUAUCUGGAAUUUAGUAUUAUUGCCCGUAUUUUGAUAUUGCAUACCAUCCCCCCCACCCACCUUCCCGUAAUCAUGGUAAUAUAGUUUAGUACCAUCCAAGAUAAGUAAAUUUCUUAUACACGUGCCAGGUUGAUUUCCUGCGUUCUGGCUUAUAACUUAUACUAUAGUGCCUACAAAUUUAUACGUUAGAAUUUCUGCUCUGAAAGCGGCUGGUAGCUCCUCCCCUAUUUGGUAUUUUGAAGGGUGACAUAUAUCGACUGUACCUUUGAUUUGAGCGCCAGAUUUAACAAUUGGCUCUAUAAAUAUUAUCGUUGAGAAAUAUUUGGGCUAAAUAUGUUUAUUAAGUCGAUGGUUGUUGAUGGAUUUAAGUCCUACGCACAGAGAACAGAAAUAAAUGGCUUUGAUCCAUUAUUUAAUGCAAUAACUGGAUUGAAUGGAAGUGGAAAGUCGAACAUUCUUGAUGCCGUUUGCUUCUUACUUGGCAUAACGAAUUUGACACAUGUUAGAGCUGGAAAUUUGCAAGAUUUGGUAUAUAAAUGUGGACAAGCUGGUGUUUCAAAGGCUACUGUUAGCAUUACAUUUGACAAUCAUGAUAAAAAGCAGAGUCCACUUGGCUAUGAACAAUAUGAAGAAAUCACUGUUACCAGACAAGUAGUUAUUGGUGGAAGAAAUAAAUACCUUAUAAAUGGUAGCAAUGCUAAUAACACAAGAGUUCAAGAUCUCUUUCAUUCUGUUCAGCUUAAUGUUAACAAUCCUCAUUUCCUCAUCAUGCAAGGUCGUAUCACAAAGGUUCUGAACAUGAAACCUCCUGAGAUUUUAUCUUUGAUAGAAGAGGCAGCUGGAACUAGAUUAUAUGAGUCUAAAAAAGAGGUUGUGAGGAAAACUAUAGAAAAGAAAGAUGCUAAACUCAGAGAGAUUGAGUCUGUGCUCAAUGAAGAUAUAACCCCUACUCUAACUAAAUUAAAGGAUGAACGGUCAUCAUAUCUUGAAUAUCAAAAAAUAAUACGUGAAUUAGAACACUUAAAUAAGCUUUACAUUGCUUAUGGAUUUGUUUGUGCUGAGGAGAAGAAGACACGAUCUGGUGAACUAUUAAAUGAUAUGGAGAAACAGAAAGAGUCACUAAAAGACAAUAUUAUUGAAUUUGAGAAGACAAUAAAGGAUUUAGGAGAGGCUAUUGUUGAACUGGAACAUAAACGUGAUGAGGCAUCAGGCAGUGCUAUGGAAGUAUGCGAAAAUAAAUUAAAGAUCAAACAGAAAGAAUUUGCUCUGUGUCAAAGCGCUUUAGAUAGUAAAAAAGAAAGUUUGAAAACAGAAGUAAAAAAGAAAAAUCAGUUGUCUAAAAAUUUAGAGGAGGUGAGUUAA